GGGUGGGUGGGUGGUGUGUGUGGAGGUUGGCAAUGGAGUGGAUGGGGUACGCGGUGCUGCUGCUCUGUUUGCUGUCGCUCUUGCAGCCGCCAUGUGCCGGGUCGGACCGGGUCAGGGGCAGCCCGAGGAGGAUCACCUACGUGCUGCAGCCCGGCACGGCUCGCUCCUCCGGCGGCCACGGGAGCCCCCUGUCCCGGGCUGCGGGGGCCACCAGGCGCGGCGCGUCCACCUUCUCCUCCUCCUCCUCCUCUGUGGUGAGGUCUCCGGUGCUGCAGCUGAAGGCGAGUUACCGAGUGCCGCAGGUCAGGACCAGGCGGAUGGGCAAAGCGACCUCCCACGUGCAACUGCACCAACGCCAGUACUUCCAGCACCAGCUCCUCCAGCCCCAGAAAUACUCCCACCAGCAGCCCAGCAGACACAGGGCACAGUACUAUCAAAAGCAACAACUCACCGGGGUCAAUGUUUGCGGAGGUCAGUGCUGUCACGGUUGGACUAAAGCUCCCGGCUCGCAUAGAUGUACUAAACCUAAUUGCACUCCAAAGUGCCUGAACGGAGGUAUGUGUCUACGGCCCCAGUUUUGCGUGUGUAAACCUGGCACCAAAGGUAAAGCAUGUGAGGAGAAGCCAUCACAUGGAACCCAUUCCACAGGCACCCAAGACACCGUGGCACAGACUCAAGUUCUUCCUCAGCAGACCCAGUCACACAGGAUGGUGCAAGCUCCUCAGAAGAUGACUCUGACAGUCAAGCAGAAACCCAUAAUGAUGCCACAACACAUACAGCCGCAUUUGGUGCCUCUCUCCUCCCAACCGCUGAUGAUGACUGUGCAGCGAGGGCAAUCUCAGCAGUUCACAUUCAAGCCCAAAUAUUACACUCAGAAGUAUUACCCUGGAGGUCAGCCUGCAGCAGCCUCACUGCCUCACAGUUCAUCGGGAUCCACUUUCCAAGUGGGGAACAACACUGGCCGCAUCAAGGUGGUCUUCACGCCCACCAUCUGCAAGGUAACCUGCACCAAGGGCAAGUGCCACAACAGCUGUGAGCAAGGCAACACCACAACCCUGAUCAGUGAGAAUGGCCACGCCGCAGACACUCUGACAGCACAGAACUUCCGUGUGGUUGUCUGCCACCUGCCUUGCAUGAACGGAGGAGAGUGCACCUCCAGGGACAAGUGUCAAUGUUCGCCUAAUUUUACCGGCAAGUUUUGCCAUAUCCCUGUACAGUCUGCAAACAGUCAGAGGCAGCAUCACCACCAGCAGCAGCAGCAGCAAUCUGUCAACAGUCCAGUGGUUCAUUCCACACACACGUUGCCACUGUCAUUUGGAGUGAAGUUCCCGCCUAACAUUGUGAACAUCCAUGUUAAACACCCACCUGAGGCAACUGUCCAGAUCCACCAGGUAUCCAGAGUGGAUAGUUCCUCGAUGGGACAGAAGGUGAAGGGCGUCCACCAGUCGAACCAACAGCGUAUCUCUUAUCAUGUUCAAAACCCUUCAAUGCCUCAAGUCCCGAAUUCUGUGUAUACCCAUCAGCAAGUCAGAACUCAUCACUAUCCCAGAAUGCAGUCUAAAUUAGGUCGCUGCUUCCAGGAGACCACAGGUUCACAGUGUGGUAAGGCUCUUCCUGGACUAUUGAAGCAAGAAGAUUGCUGUGGAACCGUGGGCACCUCGUGGGGGUUCCACAAAUGCCAGAAGUGUCCAAAAAUGCCAUCUAUCCCAGUAAUAGGCAAUGGACAGAUGGUGGAGUGUCCCCUGGGCUACAAGAGGGUUAAUGCCACAUUUUGUCAGGAUAUCAAUGAAUGCCAGCUACAAGGUGUAUGUCCCCAUGGAGAAUGCCUGAAUACCUUGGGCAGCUACAGGUGCAGAUGCAAGCCUGGAUUUGUAGCAGAUCCUGCCUGUAACCCUGAAAAUCUUUUAACUGAAGAGAAAGGGCCCUGUUACCGAUUUGUCAGUGCAGGGAAGCAGUGCCUGCAUCCUCUGUCUGUGCAGCUCAGCAAGCAGAUGUGCUGUUGCAGCGUUGGCAAGGCUUGGGGCCCAAACUGUGAAAAGUGUCCCAUUCUGGGAACAGCUGCCUUCAAGGAAAUCUGCCCUGGAGGAAUGGGCUAUCACGUCAGCCAGACCGUCAAGAAGGUGACUGUUCAGCCUGAGCCAGGUGUUAAAGUCCCUGGUUUUGUACCGAUUAAAAACAAGAUUAUACUCUCUAAGCCCUUACCUACUCCAGCUCAAGUACCACCGGAACAGGCACCAGUGGAAGCCUUCUCUGAAAGGACAGAACAGCCUGAGGUUGUCAUACAAGAAGUGGUUACCUUAAUGCCUGAACAGGAAAUAGAAGAGAAAACGAAUGCAGAAGGUGGUCAGCUCCAGCUAUCGCCUAGCAUUACCACUAAACAAAUAGAGCCUGGCUUCCCUGAGGUAAUAGAGAAAACCUCGCCACCAGGACCGGUUCACAUUGCCCCUGAGGUUUCCACUCCAAGCGUCUUGCCCCAUCUUAUUGCAGCUACUCAAGUUGCAGAGAUCAACGAGUGUUCAGUCAAUCCUAGAAUCUGUGGACCAGGCCGGUGCAUCAAUCUGCCAGAGGGCUACACGUGUAACUGUGACUCUGGCUAUAGUCUCAGCACUCGGGAGACAAGAUGUAUCGACCUGGAUGAAUGUGCAGUGACCCCAAAACCAUGUACCAACGCGUUCUGUGAGAACACUGUGGGCAGCUUCCGAUGCAUUUGUCACCAAGGCUACAUGUCAGAUGGAGGAAACCAAUGCUUCGAUAUUGAUGAGUGCCUGACGCCCAUCAUCUGUGGAGAAGGACUUUGCAUCAACAUGUUGGGCUCCUACAAGUGUGAGUACUGUGAUGCUGGAUAUAGGAUGGACGGAGGCCAGUGCAUAGACAUUGAUGAAUGCCAGAAUUCAAACAUAUGUCCGUCUGGAACGUGCAUUAACAGUCCUGGCACUUAUGAGUGCAUGCCUUGCCCAGAUGGAUACAAAAGCAGAAAUGGCCAAUGUGUAGAUAUUAAUGAGUGCUUGGAUCGGUCGACUUGUGCCAAUGGCAGAUGUUCCAACCAAGAGGGCACCUUCAUCUGCUCUUGCAACCGAGGGUACGAGCCAUCUACCGAUGGCAAAUUGUGCGAAGAUGUGGAUGAGUGUCAAGAUGCUGUACUGUGUACCAAUGGGCAAUGCAAGAAUACAGAGGCUUCCUUUUACUGUGAAUGUAACUCCGGCUACAGUUUGACUACCACAGGAGACCAGUGCGAAGACAUUGACGAGUGCCAAGAAGAUGGAGACGCCUGUCAGGGAGGUUUGUGCAUGAACACAGAAGGCUCCUUUAUGUGCGUAUGUCCAAGUGGCUUCCAACUGGUGCAUGAUGUAAGGUGUGAAGACGUGAAUGAGUGCCUGAUGUCAGAGCUUUGUGCUAAUGGGGAAUGCCAAAACACAGAGGGUUCCUUCUAUUGCAUGUGUGAACAGGGAUUCGCAGUCUCGGCAGAUGGACGGAAAUGUGAAGAUUUUGAUGAAUGUGCAGCUCGUACCAAAUGCUACGGCGGCACUUGUGUGAAUACUGAUGGCUCCUAUAGAUGUGAAUGUACCAAAGGUUUCCAUCUCAGCCCUACAAGUGAAACGUGUGUUGACAUUGAUGAAUGUAAAGAAUACAGCAACAUCUGUGGAUCUUGGCGAUGUGAAAAUGCUAUUGGCUCUUACAAAUGCAUCAUGGAUUGCCCGCCUGGCUACUCUCUUAAGUCUUCAGGGAUCUGUGUUGAUGUUGAUGAAUGCGCAAACAGCUCAAUGUGUGGCAGUCAUGGUUACUGUGAAAAUACUGCUGGGGCAUACCGCUGCAUCUGUGACCAGGGCUUUCAGGACUUGCUGGACGGGCAGGGUUGUGCGGAUGUAAAUGAAUGCGAAAUGAUCAGUGGAGUAUGUGGUGAUGUCCUCUGUGAAAACGUGGAAGGCUCAUUCCUCUGCAUCUGUUUCACCGAUACCCAGGAAUUUGACCCAAUGACAGGAGAAUGCCAUUCCAUCAACCCUCCAGGACAAAUGGCAACAGAAGAGAAAAAGGAAUGCUACUACAAUCUAGACGACACCAACUUCUGUGACAAUGUCCUGGCUUCGAAUAUCACCAAAGAGAAGUGUUGCUGUACUCUUGGAGCGGGCUGGGGCGACAACUGUGAAAUCUUCCCCUGCCCAGUGUUUGGCACUUCCGGGUUCGCUGCCAUGUGUCCAGAGGGCAAAGGCAUGAUAGGCAACGGAGACUCAGCAUACGGAAUCAGUGCAUACAAUUUCACAGAUGCUGAUGAAUGUGCCUUAUUUGGACAAGAAAUCUGUAAGAAUGGAUUUUGUUUGAACACUCAGCCCGGCUAUGAGUGCUAUUGCAGACAAGGCUUAUAUUACGACCCUGUUAAACUACAAUGCCUGGAUAUCGAUGAAUGUCAAGAUGCAGCAAGCUGCAUUGAUGGUCAGUGUAGCAACACUGAGGGCUCAUACGACUGCUUCUGCACAGAACCAAUGGUCUUGGACAUCACAAGAAAACGCUGUGUUCAGUUUCCAGUCUCUGAUGAUAUCGAUGAAUGUCAAGACCCAUUAAAUUGCAUUAAUGGCCAGUGCAUUAACACUGAUGGUUCAUACAACUGUUUCUGCACACACCCUAUGAUCCUGGACAGUACAGGAAAACGCUGCCUUGAACCUUCAGACAUUAGAGUGCAAACUGAGGAAGCAGAUGUGUACCAGGACAUUUGCUGGCAAGCCGUGAAUAACAAAUUCAUAUGUGCCUCGCCUUUAGCGGGAAGACCGACCACUUAUACUGAAUGCUGCUGUAUGUACGGAGAAGCAUGGGGUAUGAACUGUGCUCUUUGCCCCAAGAGAAACACAGAUGACUACGCUCAACUUUGUAAUCUUCCCAUUAUGGGGAGACGGCAAGAAUAUGGCCAGGAUGGACUGAUAGCCUACCAGCCUGAUUAUUCCAUCUCAGAGCCUGAGUACGAUUCACACCAUUCAGUUCCCGGACUUCUGCCUCUAUUUGCAAAUGAAGGAAAUCCAUUUCAGAGUUUCGAAGGGCUCCAGGCAGACGAAUGCGGGAUUCUGAAGGGUUGCGAGAAUGGCCGGUGUGUCAGAGUUCAGGAAGGCUACACUUGCGAUUGCUACGAUGGUUACCAACUGGAAAUGAUAAAGAUGGAGUGUGUUGAUGUUGAUGAAUGUAAUGAGCUGAAUGACAAAAUGUCAUUGUGCCGGAAUGCCAGAUGUAUCAACACGGAUGGAUCGUACAAGUGCCUGUGCCUGCGAGGCUACGUACCCUCAGAGCAGCUAAACUACUGCGUACCGUCAAAGACAGAGAAAGAAUCAGAGCUGGAGUAAUCUGGGAAGAAGUCAGCUGCCAUCUGCUCUGCCCUCCGUAACAACUAGAACACGUCUCCACGCACUUCAACCAAAUAAAAAAGAAAAUAGUUGCUGUGAAGAAUUCAUAUUCAGCAGCUGAUUACUUCAAGGAAGACCUUGUGGGAGAACCACAUCACUCUCCCAGAAAGGAAUAAACCCACUUGUUUGCAACCAAUAAAUAGAAAGACCAAAUGGAUUCACUUUCUUUUUUGCACGACAAACUCUGCUUAAUAAAUUAAUAGUCUGUAAGGACAUGUAAAGUUCAGUGAGAAAGCAACGUAUGGCUGCAUUCAUUCAAACAGAAUACUCUUUGUUAUUAGCACAAGGUUUACACUAUGUAUAACAGCGGUGAAAAUAUUUUGUAUUACUGUUAUAAGACGUAUUUGAUAAUGUGCAGUAUAUUAUACUACACAAUUUUAGAGUUUUAUGACAAAUGUAAAUUCUUUGAUAGUAAGUAACUUGUAGUCUUUUUUUGUAUUUUUUUAAAAGGUAAAAAAGGUUGUGCUAUUCUGUGUCUGGAACAUUGGUCAGUGACAGUUUUUACCUUGUUCAUUGUCUGCCCUGUGGAGCAGGCAUGUUGUUGCGAUAAGGUUUUUUUAAAAAAAAAACUAAUUAUACAGCCGUGGAAAUUUGAAGUUCUUGGUUAUGUUCUCCUUACAUACACUGCACUACAACCACAUAAAACCAACUUACCAGGUCGCAAAGCUGCUACGGGACAGCCAGAGGAUACAUGAUGUGUACAUUUACACUGAAGAAUUGAGAACCAGAUUAUGUAUUGUAAUUUGUAAAUUGAAAAAAAAAUCUCUUGUAUGAUCAUCUUAAAAACAUAUUAAACUGUAUUCUAAACAUCUGUAAAACCUAUAAAUAAAUCACUUCUGUAAGUGAA